ACUGUUGCUUCGCUGCUAAAAGGUGAUUACGUGAACCAGCGUCACUACAUGGCGCUAAGUUCGCCAUUAAAGUUAGAGCCGAUUUUUUAGUAGCACCCUUUGAGCGAACAGGAGAUCACCCAGGCGUUUCCCGUCCCUGUUUUUUUGUUUCUCCCCCUCCACCCGAAGUUUCCCGCCUCUCUCCCCCCCCUGCAGAGCUCGCGCCACCGCAGCCUUUUGUUCACUAGCUCGCAGCAGCUCCGUCUUUCAGUCACUUUGCCGACGAGGCUAGCUAGCUAGCUUUUUGCGCCAACAUGUCCGGAGGAUUCGCUCGAGGACCCACGGGGAGCAACGACUGUCGCAUAUACGUGGGAAACCUUCCCCCAGACAUCCGCUCCAAAGACGUCGAAGACUUGUUCUACAAAUACGGGUCCGUCCGCGACAUCGACCUGAAGAACCGCAGAGGAGGACCGCCGUUCGCCUUCGUUCAGUUCGAGGACCCGAGGGACGCUGAGGAUGCUGUGUACGGGCGAGAUGGUUAUGAUUACGACGGCUAUCGGCUGCGUGUGGAGUUUCCGAGAAGCGGGAGGGGAGGUGGCGGUGGAGGAGGGGGUGGCGGCGGCGGAGGUGGAGGCAUGGGGCCGUCAAGGAACCGGUACGGUCCCCCGUCCCGGCGCUCAGAGAACAGAGUGGUUGUGUCAGGUCUUCCCCAAACCGGAAGCUGGCAGGACCUGAAGGACCACAUGCGGGAGGCAGGUGAUGUAUGUUACGCCGAUGUCUUCCGCGAUGGCACAGGUGUGGUGGAGUUUGUGCGCAAAGAAGACAUGACGUACGCUGUGCGUAAAUUGGAUAACACCAAGUUUCGUUCCCACGAGGGGGAGACGGCCUACAUUCGCGUGAAGAUGGACGGCAAUCGCAGCCCCAGCUACGGCCGCUCUCGCUCCCGGAGCCGCAGCAGAAGCCGGAGCAAGAGCCGAUCCCGCAGCUACUCCCCGCGCCGCAGCCGAGGAUCGCCCCAGUACUCGCCGCGUCGCUCCCGCUCCCGCUCUCGCACCUAGAUCUGUGUAGACUGAAGCAACGGUGUACCUCAGAGCCAGAGAGGAGGCGGUCACGUUUAAAAUCCAGUGUUUCCUCCCAGGAUCAUCUCUCACCUGUGUUACAGUGUUGUUUUGUCUGUUUCAACCCCCCCCCCCCUUCUUUUUGUUGUUUUUACUGGUUUUUUUUUUUGUUUUUUGUUUUUUUUUGCAGACCUGAUGGUCUCCCCAUACUCGCUGGCUUGGCUCCCUCCUCUUCCCCCCCACCCCCCUCCUACUCUUUCAACUAUCCAUCCUCCUCUCAUCCAUGCAUUUUUCUCUUGUUCUGUUUGAAUGCUUUUUUUUUUUCUUCUCCUUUUGCCGUCUUCUCUGACUUCUCCCCAGCAUAUACGACUGUCCUUUGACCUUCUCGUGUGUUUCUCUGUAGAAUUCAGAGGAACAGGAUAGGAUGGGAAGAGAGGAAACAGUUCAUUUUAGGAUAAACAGGAGGAGGAGGAGUCAAAUAUGGCACCAAUGGUAUGAUGGCUGUGCCUUGUCAACUGUGAAAUCUACACUUAAGGCUUUUUUUGAUUCUCUUUUCCUUUAAAACACUCAGUUUACAAUUGAGUAUUGCUGUUGAAUGUUACAGUAAUGUGUGCUGUAAACUGUUGUAUUUGGGGACACUAAAAAAAAACAUUUUUUUUUUGUUUGCUUCUCAUCUUUUUGUAGACAAAGUCAUUUUCGAUUUGAAUAUACAUGGUGUCCCUUUUUUUUAUCUCAAAGUAAACUCCCUGGUAGCUGAUUUAUUGAUAAUUUUAAAACUGUUUUCCAAAGGUGUGAUUCUAACUCACCUCCUUCUCUUUGGUUCUGCUGGUUAUUCUAAAGGUUUUGGACUGGGCUCAUUGUCUCCCCUUUCCGGAUCCGGAUCAGGAUUCAGGAUCAGAUUAGGAUUAGGCUUCAGGAUGGAUACAUGGAGCACGACCCCGGCCCUGUCCACCUUACCCCAGCUAACUGGAAACCUCGUAGUAAAAGACGUAAAUCAAACUGAAUUGGCUUCCGAAUUACCCAAAAUUAGUUCUUCCUGUUUGGUUUGGGACCUCAGAGAUUCAGUUACUGCCGGCACAGUGGGGGAAACCAUUAUUUUUUUUAUUUUUUUUUCCCCAAAAUUUUGCCUUUUUUUCCCCCCUCCUUUUUUUUAAUUGUAAAAAGAAGAGCAAAGCCUGGAUAGGAUCCAGUAGGAGGGCUUGGAGGUGCAGGAUGGAUCCACACGCGUAAGGAGAGCGGUAAAUUGUGGGGAACAUUUGUCAAGGGACAGGGGAGGUGUGGGAGGGUAAAAAUAGGAAGGAUGCUUUAAAAUGGUAUUUGACUUAGGUGAGUCUUUUCCAAAGAUGGAUGAUUUCUGAUUUUUCUUGGAUAUAAUCUUCAGUAUUUCACUGCUUUAUUCCCUUUUAAUAAAAACAUUCAGUAACAGUAA